AAAAAAAAAAAGAAAAAAAGAAAAAAAAAAGCCCUGGAACUGCUACGAACUCUACCUUAGAUCUAUAGCCGAAGACAAAAGCCUGUAAGCAGAGUUCCGGACUGUAAGUCUUACUACUCACCAUCAUUUCUGGACAGGUUACCGACUAAGAGAUCUAUCACCGUCCCUAAGGUAGAGCUGAGCCCCGUUUCUGGAAAGCAUUUAUGGAAUUAAAGAUGGAGGUCGGAAAAGGGUGUUUUCCUAAACAAAGGCAAGUCCUGAUUCUCUUUCUCAUGUUGGGAGUGGCUCUGGCAGGCUGGAAAUCCCGACGCUAUUCCGUGAUGGAGGAAACAGAGAGUGGUUCGUUUGUGGCCAAUCUGGCCAAGGACCUGGGGCUGGGAGUUGGGGAGCUAGCCGCGCGGGGAGCCCGGGUGGUCUCUGAGGAUAACGAACCCCGCUUGCAGCUUGAUCUGCAUACCGGGAAAUUGAUACUGCAUGAGAAACUGGAUCGGGAGGAGAUGUGCGGCCCCACAGAUCCAUGUGUAAUGCAUUUCCAAGUGUUACUGAAAAAACCACUGGGAGUAUUUCGAGCUGAACUACUGGUGAGAGACAUAAAUGAUCAUUCUCCUGAGUUUCCUGAAAGAGAAAUGACUCUGAAAAUCUCAGAGACUAGCCCUCCUGGAACCGUGUUUCCACUGAAAAAAGCCCAGGACUUGGACGUGGGCAACAACAACAUCCAAAAUUACAGUAUCAGUUCCAACCCUCAUUUCCAUAUUUCUACCCGCACCCGGGGGGAUGGCAGGAAAUACCCAGAGCUGGUACUAGACAAAGAGCUGGAUCGCGAAAAGCAGGCCGAACUCAGCUUAACCCUCACAGCGCUGGAUGGCGGCUCUCCACCCCGGUCUGGCACCGCCCAGGUUCGCAUCUUGGUCUUAGACGUCAAUGACAAUGCCCCUGAGUUUGCACAGACACUCUACCAGGUGCAAGUUCCAGAGAACAGCCCUGUAGGUACGCUAGUAGUCAAGGUCUUUGCUAGAGAUUUAGACACUGGGACAAAUGGGGAAAUAUCAUACUCCUAUUUUUAUAGUUCCCAAGAAAUAAGCGCAACUUUUGAGCUAAACAACCUUUCAGGAGAAGUUCGCCUACUUAAAAAAUUAGAUUUUGAGACAAUAUCUUCAUAUGAGCUGGAAAUAGAUGCGACUGAUGGUGGGGGGCUUUCUGGAAGAUGUUCUGUCUCCAUUGAGGUGGUGGAUGUUAACGAUAACUUCCCAGAACUAACGAUUUCAUCACUCACCAGCCCCAUUCCUGAAAAUUCUCCAGAGACAGAAGUAGCCUUGUUUAGAAUUCGAGACCGAGACUCGGGGGACAACGGAAGGAUGACUUGUUCCAUCCAGGAUGAUCUUCCCUUCGUCCUGAAGCCAUCAGAAGAGAAUUUCUACACCCUGGUAACAAAUGGGGCGUUAGACAGAGAGACAAGACCCGAGUACAACAUCACCAUCACCGUCACCGACUUGGGGACCCCCAGGCUGAAAACGCAGCACAACAUCACCGUGACGGUCUCCGACGUCAACGACAACGCCCCCGCCUUCAGCCAAACCACCUACACCCUGCGCGUCCGCGAGAACAACAGCCCCGCCCUGCACAUCGGCAGCGUGAGCGCCACGGACAGGGACUCGGGCGCCAACGCCCAGGUCACCUACUCGCUGCUGCCGCCCGCGGACCCGCAGCUGCCCCUGGCCUCCCUGGUGUCCGUCAACGCGGACAACGGGCAGCUGUUCGCGCUCAGGUCCCUGGAUUACGAGGCGCUGCAGGCGUUCGAGUUCGGCGUGCGCGCGGCCGACCGCGGCUCGCCCGCGCUCAGCAGCCAGGCGCGGGUGCGCGUGCUGGUGCUGGACGACAACGACAACGCGCCCUUCGUGCUGUACCCGCCGCAGAACGGCUCUGCGCCCUGCACCGAGCUGGUGCCCAGGGCGGCCGAGGCGGGCUACCUGGUGACCAAGGUGGUGGCGGUGGACGGCGACUCGGGCCAGAACGCCUGGCUGUCGUACCAGCUGCUCAAGGCCACGGAGCCCGGGCUGUUCGGCGUGUGGGCGCACAACGGCGAGGUGCGCACGGCCCGGCUGCUGAGCGAGCGCGACGCCGUCAAGCACAGGCUGGUGGUGCUGGUCAGGGACAAUGGCGAGCCGCCGCGCUCGGCCAGCGUCACGCUGCACGUGCUGCUGGUGGACGGCUUCUCGCAGCCCUACCUGCCGCUCCCGGAGGUGGCGGCGGCCGAGGCGCGGGCAGACCCGCUCACCGUCUACUUGGUCGUCGCCUUGGCGUCCGUGUCGUCGCUCUUCCUGUUCUCGGUGCUGGUGUUCGUGGCGGUGCGGCUGUGCAGGCGGAGCCGGGCGGCGUCUGCGGGUCGCUGCUCGGGGCCUGAGGGCCACUUUCCGGGCCACCUGGUGGACGUCAGCGGCGCGGGGACGCUGUCCCAGAGCUACCAGUAUGAGGUGUGUCUGACGGGAGACUCGGGGACCAAUGAGUUCAAGUUCUUGAAGCCCUUCUUCCCCAGUAUUCUAAACCAGGACCUUGGGAGGAAGUCAGAGGGAAAUCCAACGUUCCAGAAUAGUUUAGGUAUCUGAAAGUUUCCUGUUUGCUUUUACAUUAGCUUUGUCUCCUUCACCUUUCUGUUUAUUUUUUAAUCCAGUAGUAAUUUUAAUUCUACUCCCCCCCCCCCCAUUUUCCAUAGUAAAUUUACUUUGCUUUGUUGGCUUGGUUGUCUUAUGAUUAUUUUUACAAUUAUUGUAUAAUCAGCAAAAAUUUUAUAUCAGGACAUUCACAUUUCUGAUUAAAAUUUUCAUACUCAUUCCUAAAGGAUAAUAUGAAAAUUAACCUCUUAGAAUAAACAAUUCUCAUUUUGAAAGUAUUUUACUGACUAUAUGAUAUUACAUAAGAAUGUCUGAUUCCUUUUAACAUACUUCAUUUUUAAAUUACUGGAAUCCUUUUAGUUUCUAUUAGUAACACAGCUACAACUUUUGUAUAACCCCUUGUGAGUUUUGGGUGAAAUCAGUUUGUAUAUACUAAUGUCUAGUUUCUUCUAAGUUCUGUUUGGAUUUUUCUUUUACUAAUAGGCAUCAAUGUAUAUAUUUUCAUGCUAUUUAUUUUUUUAAAAAUCACACUUGUAAUCAUUAGAUUUUCACUCUGAAAUAUAUAUGUCACCUCAUGAAAGUAUA